AUGAUGUUUCGUAUCAAAAUUUUGCAUAAUGUAUGUCUGGAAUGGAUGAACACGCUAACGCUACUCCCAUGUACAUACACACCGCAAAGAAAAUUGCCUAUAAGGAAUCAAGGGGCGUUCAAAUUUUCCGAGAUGAAACAAGCUGAGACUUUGGAAGCGCAUCAUACUCCUGUGAAGGUUGUAUUUGCUACUCACCAAGUUGUGCUAAUAUUUAUUGGUUUAAAGCCGCCAUACCUCAAAAAUGGCGAAUUUGGGAAAAUACAUGAGGAGGGUCGAUUACAAGUAUGCGCUAGCAUGGCUGAAAAUAUCACUCACGGUAACACAUUUAUCCGUUCGGCUUCGGCUCAAGGGCUUGCUGGACUCUUCACUUGGGCUGCCCUUCUUAUUACCAGUCAUCAGAUUUAUCAACACCUUCGGUGGUAUUCUUGCCCAACCGAACAAAGAUGGAUUGUUCGCAUCCUUUUCAUCGUGCCAAUUUACGCGUUCGAUUCAUGGCUGAGUCUCAUAUUCUUCUCCGACAACGUGUACAUUUAUUUCAAUUCUAUUAGGGACUGUUACGAAGCUUUCGUAAUCUACUCGUUCUUGUCGCUGUGCUAUGAGUAUCUCGGUGGCGAAAGUAACAUCAUGGCAGAAAUCAGAGGAAAACCUAUUAAACCUACAAACUACUAUACAUGUACCUGUUGUCUCGCUGGCAAACAAUAUACGAUCGAAUUUCUUCGUUUUUGUAAGCAGGCUACUCUUCAAUUCUGCUUCAUCAAACCUGUUAUGGCAGUGAUCACCUUGUUCUUAGUGGCAAUGGGGAAAUAUGAGGACGGAAAUUGGAGUGCGGACCAAGGCUAUUUGUAUAUUACGCUUGUGUACAACGUUUCCAUUUCUCUUGCGCUCUACGGAUUGUUCCUUUUCUACACAGCAACCCGUGAACUUCUUUGCCCAUACAGCCCAGUCUUGAAGUUCCUUACGGUCAAAAGUGUUAUUUUCCUCUCCUUCUGGCAAGGAUUCCUCAUCGCCAUUCUUGGUGCUACAUCUGCUAUCGACCCUGUUGUGGAUGCUAAUGGAAACGUUGUCAUCGGAAAAGGAACUGUGGCUGCAGGUUACCAGAAUUUCCUCAUCUGCAUUGAAAUGUUCUUCGCCGCGAUCGCUCUGAAGUUUGCAUUCGGUGUUUCUGCAUACGCAGAUGCACAUUCAGUAAACCAUUCGAAUGAUGGACGUCCAGUUACACUCCAGUCGAUUAGUUCGUCCUUGAAGGAAACAAUGAAUCCUAAGGACAUCAUGCAAGAUGCCAUACAUAAUUUCCAUCCUCAAUAUCAGCAAUAUACACAGCAUUCCAAUCCGCAGCGCUCGGUCAGUGGUAACCUGCAAUCAGGGACCUUCAAGCAGCGGCAAGAUGCAGAAAGUGAACGAGGCGAACGUCCCUGGUCCAGAGGAGACUACCUUCCAGUUAGAACCACAGCGUACGACUAUGGAUCAGUGGCCCUCCAUGCCGCUUCACCAGCGGUCCGGCUACAAUCCGCUGCUUUGAAUAAUCAACCACUUCUUGACCUGUAG